CUGCAGGGAUUUGAUCUGGGAACUGUCUACUUCAAAGAUGCGUUCUCCUCCAGAGCUACAGAUACUCUAGAACUGCUUGUCCAAGAGAAGAAUAGACCAAGCUAUCCCUAGAGAAAUUUCCAUAAGGGAUUUGGCAGGUCUGACCAUGCAGUGGCUGUUGAAAUAUCGGGGACUUUGCUCCCUAUGGCGUCCUGAGAUGUCUAGUCCCACUUUCCAUAUUAAUAUCAGAAAAUGGAUGUCCAUACAGUGGGGCCACCAGGAAGUGCCUGCCAAGUUCAACUUUGCUAGUGAUGUGAUGGAUCACUGGGCCAGCAUGGAGAAGGCUGGCAAGAGACCUCCAGGCCCAGCCCUGUGGUGGGUGAGUGGCCGUGGUGAAGAACUGAAGUGGAACUACAGAGAACUGAGUGAAAUCAGUCAGCAGGCAGCCAAUGUCCUCUCGCGGGCCUGUGGCCUGCAGCGUGGGGAUCGUGUGGCAGUGGUUCUUUCCCAAGUCCCAGAGUGGUGGCUGGUGACCCUGGGCUGCAUGCGAACUGGCCUCGUUUUCAUGCCUGGGACUGUCCAGAUGAAAUCCACAGACAUUCUCUAUAGGCUGCAGGUGUCCAAGGCCAGGGCCAUUGUGGCUGGGGAUGAAGUGGCCCAGGAAGUAGACACUGUGGCCCCUGACUGCCCUUUACUGAGAAUCAAGCUGCUGGUGUCUGAGAGGAGCCGGGAGGGAUGGCUAGACUUCAAGAAACUACUAAAAGAAGCAUCUACCACUCACCACUGUGUAGAGACUGGAAGUCAUGAAGCAGCUGCCAUCUACUUCACUAGUGGGACCAGUGGCCCUCCCAAGAUGGCAGAACACUCCCAUUCGAGCUUGGGCAUCAAGGCCAAGAUGGAUGCUGGCACCUGGACUGGCCUGAAAACCUCCGACACAAUAUGGACCAUAUCAGACACAGGUUGGAUAGUGAACAUUUUAACCGCAUUUCUGGAGCCCUGGACACUGGGAGCAUGCAUUUUUGUCCAUCUCUUGCCGAAGUUUGAUCCACAGACUGCUCUAAAGGUGCUGUCCAGCUACCCCAUCAACAGCAUGGUGGGCGCCCCCCUCAUUUACCGGAUGUUGCUACAACAGGACCUUUCCAGUUACAAGUUCCCACACCUGAAGAACUGCUUCACUGGAGGGGAGACCCUUCUUCCAGAAACUCUGGAGAGCUGGAAGGUCCAGACAGGACUGGAGAUCCGAGAAUUCUAUGGCCAGACGGAAACGGGACUUACCUGCAGAGUUUCCUGGACGAUGACAGUCAAAUCAGGCUACCUGGGAACAGCCGUUCCCCAUUAUGAUGUACAGGUCAUAGAUGAAGAGGGCAAUGUCCUGCCCCCUGGCAAAGAGGGAGACAUAGCCAUCAGGGUGAAGCCUUUCCGACCUGUGGGCAUCUUUUCUGGCUAUGUGGACAAUCCCAACAAGACACAGGCCAACAUUCGAGGAGACUUUUGGCUUCUAGGAGACCGAGGAAUCAAGGAUCCAGAUGGAUAUUUCCACUUCAUAGCACGGACAGAUGAUAUCAUUAACUCCAGUGGGUACCGAAUUGGACCAUCAGAGGUGGAGAAUGCACUGAUGGAGCACCCUGCUGUAGUUGAGACAGCAGUGAUCAGCAGCCCAGACCCCACCCGAGGAGAGGUAGUGAAGGCAUUUGUGGUCUUAGCCCCCGAGUUCCUGUCCCAUGACCCAGACCAGCUCACCAAGUUACUGCAGCAGCACGUAAAGUCAGUGACAGCACCAUACAAGUACCCCCGGAAGGUGGAGUUCGUUUUGGAACUGCCCAAGACCAUCACAGGGAAAGUCGCUAGAGGAAAGCUUCGAGCUAAGGAAUGGAAAACAUCUGGACAAGCCCAAGCCCAGUGAGACUCCCAAGAGCUCUCAGCACUCAGUGGGGUUCUCCCUGUCUUCUCUGUUUUCCUUUCCUUUGGGUCCUCGGGCUUCCUGUGAAGAUGCAGAUUAUUCAUACAAAGGCAGGCAUGCGAUUUCUGUGUUUGGUUGGCUAUUAGCACAGAACACUGAUAUGUUGGCUUCUAAAAGAAAACAGAGGGAGGGAAUGAGAGAGAAAAGGCAAAGAAAAAACCAAAAAAGACUAAAAUAGCAAGGACACAUAAUUAAAGAUUAAAGUAGGGGGUCAGGGAGCAAGGGAGGGAAGGAGAAAACGGAGAGAGAAAAGAGAGGAGAAAGAACUGGAGAAAUGAAGCAAAACAAGGAAAGAGGAGGAAAAGAGUGUGCAGCCAGGACAUCCGUCUUCUCCAGGUCACCCCAACCCUUAGAGAUCAUGAUCAGGGGAGGGGCGUUUGCUAUAUGCCAGGUACUGUCCUAGACAGGUCAUGGAUCAUCCUCCUUCAUCUGUAUGUCAUCUUUAGGUUCAGCUCCUGGUUGAAAAAGCAAUGUGAACACCUUAAAAGGUGUCAGUCCCUGCUUUUGAUGGCCUCUGUACUUCCUAGGGUCAGUAUUAAAACCAUUUCAAAAUCAAGAUCUCCAGAACACUCUUAGGGAAGACAAAGAAGGGAGGGGUAUUGGCAGCAGCUUCUGGGUUGGGAAAGAUGGAGAAGGGAUGAUAGAUGAAGCUGUUGAUGACAAAGUCCAGGAUCAGCUACCAGGGCUUUCUCACCACCAGAUCCAUGGGUCCAAGAGAGAGGGGAUUUUUGAGAGCUUUGCUUCUAACCCAGAGACGAGGGUGAAAAUUCCUAGCAGGAUUGGACAAGCAGGAGAAUAAACGGAAGGUUUUCAAGGGACAUUGACUCUUCUUCAGAAUAUUCAAUAAAAAUAACAACAGCAGCCCUAAUACUAUAUUAACCGCUUAUCAUACCUUGAAGACAUGAGUGUCAAUCCCUCUUAAUGUCCACAAUCACCUUUUUAUGCCUUUUUUAAGAGAGGGUCUCCCACCACCAUUCCCAGCUCAUAGUCACCUUUUGACUCGGGCCACAUUACUUUAAAUUUUACAGAGAAGGGAACUAAGACUUAAAAAGAUUAAAUAACAUUCCAUAGUCACACAGCUAGAAAGUGGAACAGGUUCUCUCUUGUACCACACCUGUGUUUUGAAUAUCUGUGCUUUCUUCAUCAGCGGGUUUGCUUUGGCUUCUAGCCCUUUGACUGCAGUCUCUUAGAAUCCUCCAGAUAAAUAAAACCAAUCUCAGAAACAGUAGGAAGAUAUAAUACUAUGUUAUUUAACUGAACUUUAGAUGCUUAUCUUUAAGUAAAGUUCAUUAAGUUUUCAAGAA